UAAGUAAGAGAAAGAAAGACUACAGGAGAGAGAGAGGCAAGGAGAGAGAGGGAGACGGGUUUGUGUGAGUGAGAGGGGAGCACCAGACUGAGAGAGGGAAUGGGUGGGAAAAUGAGUAAUUAGGACUGAGGUAUGUCCCCGGGUUAGCUACUCCAGCAAGCCAUCCACCAUCCACCUCCUCCAUCUGGGACUGACUGGGACUCUCCUCCUUCACUUCCCUCUCUGAGAGCCUGGAGGUACAAGAGUAGAGUAGAGUCACGUCUUGUGGAUCCAGGAACCUGGUCUUUCUCUUGUCCAGGCAGUCUAGCCUUUUGUAGUUACUGUUUUUAAUCUAGUUACUAGUUAAGGGAUGGUUACUUUGUCUAGUCUAAUCUGGUUACUUUCUCUAGUCUAAUCUGGUUAGAUGUAAUUACUUUUUCAAAUCGAGUUAGUGUAGUCUUGUUACUUUCUCUAGUCUAGGCAGUCUAGUCUGGUGUAGUUACUGUCUUCAAUCUAGUUACUAGUUAAGUGACUUUCUGUAGUGUGGUCUACUCUGGUUACUUUGUCUAGUCUUAUCUGGUUAGAUGUAAUUACUUUUUCAAGUCUAGUUAGUGUAGUCCAGUUCUCUCUAGUCUAGUUAUAUUAUUACGUUAGUGUAGUUACCCCUACUCUAGGUGGGCAUGGUGCUGUGCCGUAGCAGGCUGCUGUUUCUCCUGGGCUGCCUGUGUGCCCAUACUGGCAUGUUGGCAGAGGGUGCCAACUUCUACCCUCAUUAUUGGUACCACAGAAGACACCACAGCUGCUUCAAUUGCCUGCCCAUGUACAAUGGCUACAACGUGCCUUACCUGGGCUCAGAUGUUGACGAGUGCCAGGUCCAUAAUGGUGGCUGCCAGCACAGGUGUGUCAACACCAGAGGCUCCUACCACUGUGAGUGCAGCCCUGGAUACCGCCUGCAUGUGGAUGGACGCACCUGCAUCUCUGUAAACUCCUGUAGUUUGAGUAAUGGAGGCUGUGAGCACUUCUGUGUGCAGCAGUCUGCAGGCCGUUAUCAGUGCCGCUGCCGACCCCAUUACCAGCUCACUGAGGAUGGGAAGCACUGCAGACUGCUAGACCCCUGUAUGGAGAGGAAUGGCGGCUGCAUGCAUGACUGCCACAGCGAUGGAGGGAGGGCCCACUGCGACUGCAGAGCUGGAUUUGUGCUGGGAGAGGAUGGCAAGACAUGCCAAGAUGUUGACGAGUGCCUGACGGGGGAAGCCCAGUGUGCCCACGGCUGUCAUAACACCCCCGGCUCCUACGUGUGCGUGUGCAGUGCGGCCUACGAGCUGGGCACGGAUGGCAAACAGUGCUACCGGAUUGAGAUGGAGAUCGUGAACAGCUGUGAGACCAAUAAUGGCGGUUGCUCACACACCUGCCAGCACUCCAGCAACGGGCCUGUUUGCUCCUGUAACCAAGGUUACCGCCUAGACGAGGACCUCAAGACCUGCAUUGACAUUGAUGAGUGUGGAGACGGGAGCUCCUGUUGCCAACAGGACUGUACCAACUAUCCGGGGGGUUACGAGUGCUACUGCUCGGCAGGCUACCGCCUCAACACCGAUGGCUGCAGCUGUGAUGAUGUGGAUGAGUGCCUGGCGGAGAACGGAGGGUGCGACCACACAUGCCAGAACACGGCCGGAUCCUUCCAUUGCUUCUGUCGCCGUGGACACCGACUGGACGAGGACCGCCGCUCCUGUCUCUUGUUAGGGAAUGCAGUGGAGGCCCUGAGCAUGGGACCCAUAGUGGAGAGGCCCCGCCCACAGCUGACCCUCCUCCAGGAUUACGACCAAUCACUGGAGCCGCUGGAGCGCUAUGACGACUAUGAGGAUGAUGCCGGGGAACUCCGAGCGGAGAGCACGCUCAAAGAGAAAUAUGUAUGUCUGAAUGACACGUUUGGUUGGGACUGCAGCUUGACGUGUGAAGACUGCUCCAAUGGAGGCGUUUGUAAUGUCCACAGGAGUGGCUGCCUCUGCCCCAACGGCUGGACAGGAGUCAUCUGCAACCAGACGUGUCCAGAGGGUAUGUUUGGCAAGAACUGCUCCCACAGCUGCAAGUGCAAGAACGAUGCCACCUGCGACCCAGUCAGCGGGCAGUGCCGAUGCCCACCGGGGGUCAGCGGAGAGCUGUGUGAGGAUGGCUGCCCUAAGGGCCUGUAUGGGAAGAGCUGCAAUAAGAAGUGUAACUGUGCCAAUAAUGGGCGCUGCCACCGCACCUAUGGAGCCUGUCUGUGUGACCCGGGACUAUACGGACGCUUCUGCCACCUGCCCUGUCCUAAGUGGGCGUUUGGUCCUGGCUGUUCGGAGGAGUGCAUGUGUGUCCAGGACAACACUCUGGAAUGCCAUCGUCGCCAUGGCACCUGCUCCUGCAAACCUGGAUACCAGGGGGACACCUGCAAAGAAGAGUGUGACCCAGGCUCGUAUGGCGCCGGGUGCGAGGGCAAGUGUGAGUGCCCGCCUGGUGUGAGCUGCCACCCUGUGACCGGUGCAUGCCAACGCCAUUGCCCAGCAGGAAAGAGGGGGGACAACUGUGACCAGGACUGCCCUGAGGGGAAGUUUGGACUGGGCUGUGCUCAUGCCUGUAACUGCACUGGCUCCCCCUGUGACAAGGUGACAGGCCAGUGCCUGUGUGUCAACGGCACCAUCGGGAGACGCUGUGAGAAGGUGUGUGAGGAUGGCCGCUGGGGCCCAGCGUGUAAGGAGAAAUGUCCCCAGUGUGAGAACAAGGGGGUGUGUGACCGACUCAAUGGCACCUGCCUCUGCCCUCCUGGAUACAUUGGGCGACUCUGCCAAAACGUGUGUCCUACGGGACGCUUUGGGCAGGGCUGCCAGCAGCGGUGUGUGUGUGAGAAUAACGGGCGGUGCCACCCUGUGACCGGCCGCUGCCACUGCGCAUCCGGCUGGACUGGACACAACUGCAGGAAAGUGUGUAACCCUGGCCAGUGGGGGGCAGAUUGCUCAGAGGCGUGCGACUGCAAGAAUGGGGACAGCGCCUGUGACGCGGUGACAGGGAUGUGCCACUGUGAGGCUGGCUUCACUGGAGCGCGAUGUGACCAGAAAUGCCCGGCAGGUACGUUCGGGCCGCGUUGUCGCCAGCGGUGUCAGUGUGACAACGGGGCCACAUGUGACCAUGUGAGCGGAGCGUGCACCUGCAAAGUGGGCUGGACCGGAACUUACUGUGAGAAACCAUGUCCGCAGGGCUUCUUUGGUCUGGAGUGUCAGCAGAAGUGUGCGUGUCUGAAUGGGGGCGGCUGUAACCAUGUGACGGGCCGGUGUGAGUGCCCAGCGGGGUGGCUGGGACCCCAGUGCAACCAGACUUGCCCUGUGGGCUCUUUUGGAGAGGGCUGUGCCAAGAAGUGUGCCUGCCAAAACAACGCCACCUGUAACCCAGCCAAUGGCCAGUGUGUCUGCAAACCAGGGUGGAAUGGAGUGCAGUGCUCACAGGCGUGUAUGCUGGGCUUCUAUGGUGUGGACUGUCAGCAACGCUGCUUGUGUCAGAACGGGGGAACUUGUGACUCCAGCAGCGGCCGAUGCACCUGCCCCCACGGCUGGACUGGCACCGCCUGUGAACUGGCCUGUGUUCCUGGCCGGUUCGGUGCGGACUGCCAACUGAAGUGCGAGUGUGAGAACGGAGGGCAGUGUGACAGACAGACGGGCCAGUGUGUGUGCCGCCCCGGAUGGAUAGGAGAGCGCUGUGAGAGAGAGUGUCCUGCGGGCAUGUUUGGUGCGGAGUGCCAGCAAAAGUGUGUGUGUGAGCACGGGGCCGCCUGCCACCACGAGACUGGAGUCUGCAUCUGCCCUCCGGGCUGGAGAGGAGCCAAGUGUGACAGAGCGUGUCUGCCGGGCUCGUAUGGCGAGGGUUGUUUCCACAGGUGCUCCUGCUCUCCAGGCUCCUCCUGUCACCACAUCACCGGGGAGUGCGGAUGCCCACCGGGACUCACCGGCAACGGAUGCGAACAGACUUGUCUGCCAGGCACCUUUGGCCUGAACUGCAACCAGGUGUGCCAAUGCUCCGAGACGAACCAACUCUGCCACCCAGUGUCUGGGACAUGCUACUGCGCCCCAGGCUUCACUGGACCCAAGUGCAAACAGGAGUGUGAGGAGGGCUGGUACGGGCCCAAUUGUGAGCGGAGGUGUCGGUGCCAGAAUGGAGGCGUGUGCCACACCACAGACGGCACCUGUCGAUGCCCACCUGGCUUCAUUGGAGCCCACUGCAACGUCUCAUGCCCAGUGGGCCGCUACGGGCAGGACUGUGCCAGCGUGGCGCUGUGUGGAGAGGGGGCACGCAACGAUCCCGUCACCGGCAGAUGCAUGUGCUCGCCUGGCCACCAGGGGGAGGACUGUGGACAAGGCUGUGCUCCAAGCUGGUAUGGUCCAGGCUGCUCUCUGAGCUGUCGCUGCAGUAACGGGGGCGUGUGUGAUGCCGUGUCUGGGAACUGCACCUGCCAACUGGGCUGGAUGGGAGCACACUGUGAAGAAGAGUGUCCGCUGGGAAGGUUUGGGCCUAACUGUGCCCACGCAUGCGACUGUGAGAACAACAGCACCUGUGAUAGAGUCAUGGGCACGUGCCAGUGUGCACCAGGAUACUACGGCCACCGCUGUCAACAUGCAUGCCCGUCUGGAUGGCAUGGUCCUCGCUGCCAGCUGCGUUGUAACUGUGUAAACGGAGCCCACUGCCACCCCAGCACGGGCCAAUGCAUAUGCCCAUCCGGGCACCAGGGCACGCGCUGCCAGAAAGAGUGUGAGCAGGGCAGGUUUGGCCUCAACUGCUCCCAGGUGUGUGAGUGUGCGGUGGGGGUGCCGUGUGACCCGGUGCAGGGCAGGUGUCUGUGCUCAUCAGGGAAGACGGGGGCCAGGUGUGACACAGACUGCAGAGUGAGCCGCUAUGGCCCGGACUGCUCUCUGAGCUGUGAGUGUGACAACGGCGGCCAGUGUGACCAGAGGAGCGGCCGCUGCACCUGCCUCAGUGGCUGGAUAGGACUCACCUGUCAGGAAGGUGUACCUCCGCAACAACCGACAAGCACAGAGGACCAGUCACAGGGCAGCAACGCUUUAUAGCCACACCCCCACUCACAGACUGGGCUCACCCCUUCCCCUCUCUGCACACCAAUGAGAAGGCAGCAAUUUUAAGCCCCUCCGCCAUCGAUUCCAGAAGAGACUAGAGAGAUGAUUUGAUCUGGAUGAUCGUGGGCUACUCAUCUUGUUCAGCGUACCAUAGCAUCACAUUGAUCAGGGGCCACAACGAACACACUGAUAUUCUCUCUGAGGGGAAUGGAUUAUGCUACAACUACGUGAUUUGUGUGUAUUUAUGCGUAUGUCUGUGUGUGCAUGUUUUUUGCACACAGUUUUGUUUUGAACUGAACUCCUGCGGCUGGUCCCCCCCACUCUUUGCAUGGAUGAAGGACACUAAACUCAGUGAAAAUGGUGCUCAGGUUUAAAAAUGUAGCGCUAGUCAUACUGCUGCCCCCUAUGGGUUGGACUGUGAAUGGAGCCACCUUGGCGGCAGCCACCUUGGCAGCCCCCAACAAUUCCACAAAGUGUCUGUGUUUUGUGUGUGUGUGCUCGUUUGGGGGGAGUUUAAGUGGUUAUAAAAAGGACUUUGCCUUUGCUGUCGUGCUAAAAGGGCUAUAAACCUCCAAGGAGACGAGAGCAGCUGAGGUCGAACCUGGGACCUUAGAGUUGGUGGACUUCGCCUGGGCUGCAGUGCAGCCAAUGGCUGGACGUCAAUUCUGUUUCCUCCCGCCAUUACCUGCGGUCUCUUGCCUCAGUGUUGUCCCACCUCAGUGAAGAAAACCAUUAAGUCUCCCCACGCUCAACCAAUUUUUGGGGGGUUCUCCCAUUUAGCAUCCUGACUACAAAUGAAAAUUGAGUUAUGCUUUUUUUUAGGAUAUUGAGUAAAACCUUCAAUCAUCCAUGAUGCGUCAACGAGGUCAGAGACCACAGGAGAAGCCAGGAGGAACUAGAUUUACUUGCCCUCAACGUUCUCCUGGGCCUCAAACUUGCAGCUACCAUAUUUGGAGACUAUACAGAGAAGCACUACACCAAGGGAGCCCAGCCCACUCACCACACAGCCAAGCACAUCUGGUGAUUACCUGCAGUGUGUUGAACCCCAAUACACAGCUCUCACUGGACAUGUUCCAAGUAUACUUGAGACAACACAAACACUAUAUUUGAAUAUUAUGUGUACUGGACGUCUAUGCAUUUUCAUAAUUUUAGUUUCUUUCAGACUGACAUGUUUAAUUUUUAAUUGUUUAAUAUGUGUGUACAAUUGUAAGUUUGUUUUAAAUUUUCCAAUUAUAUGUUCAUAUGACUGUCUUAUCCAUUGCGGCCCAGAAGGCCUCCAUGACUAUGUCUGGUAAGGAAAUCAUUCUAGCUCCUUCCGUCCUUUCCUCCGGCCUUCAAACUCAUGCCUCGGUGUUGCCCUCUGUGGGGAAAUGAAUUAAGUUUCCCUGUUGUCAAGUGGCACAGACCGGCUUUGUGGGAACCUUCCCCUCAAUGUUUUUGAAAGAUAUAACAUUGACUCAUCGAUUACUAAGUGCCUCGUGUCACAAGGCCGGAUGAAAGUAUUGGAGGAGUUAGUGGUUUGUAGCCAAUAUUCCUACAGUUGCCUUAAACUACAAGCAGGUUGCUGGGAGGUGCAUCUCCCAGACAAAGGUCUUAUUCAUUGAGAUUAUUAUGACUAUACUACAAUGGACACUAAAGAGACUGCAAGACGAGUGUUCAAGACACCCUCACCCCAUGCAGUGGACAUUACACACCAAUAAUGACCUUUGAAUGAGCUCACCUGGUGGAUUACUGUGUGCUCCACAGGACCCAUUGCAUCGGUGAGCUCCUCCACUGAAACUCAAAUUAAUGCCUCACAAAGACUACCACAGGAAUAUCGAUACUAGUACUCAUCGCAGACUCAUAAUGCACACCGUUAAGCCAGAGGAACACUGAAAAGACUUGACUCUGGCGUCAUAAGCAUGACAUUAGAGUGUCAUAAUAGUGUCAUGACAGUCAUGGAUGAGUCAUAAACAUGAUGUCAAUGUCAGUUUUAUGGUUUAUUUAAGUGGACAUUGUUUGGGCCGUCUUUACCACGACCGAAUGUCACUUACUGACAAAGUUGACAUGUUUAUGACACAUGCAUGGCUGUGUUACAACACUCAUACAUAUGACGCCUGCGUCAAGUAAAGUGCUACCAAGAAUUCUAAUGCAUUACGACUUUGUUAUUGCCACUCUGUUAACAACAAAUUGAUCACAGGAGCCAUAUCUUUACAGAUGAUUUACAUGUUGACUUCACAAAUCAGGGACAAGCUUCAUCUUCACUGCCUAUAUACUUUCGCCAUGAACCGCAUCUUCCUCAGUCAUCCAUUCUGCAUCGAUGUUGAUGUACUUUUUUUUGUUGAAAAUAUGACAAUAUUUGUAUAAAGUCACAUUUUGUGUAUUUAUAUUUUUGAUGACUAUUGUAUUCCAUAUGAAUUUUACACAGUAAAUGAUCAACCAAGUCUAACCCAAGCACAAUGAAUGAUUAUAUAAAAUAUGACUGUGGAGGAUUAACAGAACUGUGCGUCUGUGUUUGACUUCUGUAAUCCUGGCAUUCUACUUUCACCACAUCUUUUAGUGUAACAAAAGAGGCCAUGCUACUGUACAUCCACGAUGGCAUGCAGGUCUU